CAAAAAGCUUCGGUAGUGCGACCGACUUUUAAAGAAGUGAGUGGACUUCGUCGAAGUUAGGACGUACCGUUGAUAUUUCACACAUACCUUGAUAAUAUGGCGCAAAAAUAUAUAUUAUUUUUGAUAACUGCAGCUCUUCUACAGUUAGAAGUUUCUUCUCGACCAGCCACUAAUGAGUCGACACAAACUGUAGAUAUAAUACCAAAUGAAACUGUAGAAUUAAAUGUUGCAGACAAAGAACGGUCAAUUUUUUAUGAGCCGGAAAUUAAUGAUAAAGUAGAAAGUCAAUCAGCUCGAGACAUUGUUAAUAAAAUCAAAGUUAUAAAUGACGGGCUUAAAAAGCCAUAUAGGCCUCAAAUUAAUUUUAAUAACCCACAAUCUGGAGAAGUUGUUGCAAUAGAUGGAGAAAAUUUAAAAAAAAUUCUAGAUGCGAUAGCUCUGGGUAAAUUACAAAGCAAAAGUGAGAGCGUUAGUCAAUAUGAAAGUAAUAUAAUACAACAAAAAGAGGAAGAAAAAUUUAAGCGUUUUUUGGAUUCCAGAGCAUUAAGAGCAGAAGCUAAUAUAAAUUCAGCCAUGAUGCCCACGAUGCCUAUCCCUUACAUUACGUCUAUGCCAGUGGUUGUUAUGCCUCAUAACUUAGAUGGCUAUAACCGACACUAUACAGUGAACAAUAAUUUGAAAUAUAAUACCAAUAAUGAAAUCUAUCAAACACGUCAGGAGCCCAGCUUUCCAAGUUUUACAUCAUUUCUACAGUGGCCAUUUGCAAGCGUCUUUCCAUUUAUAAUAAAAGAUCCAUUUUUAACAUUCUCCCAGGGUGGUGGCUUUAAUAAUUUAUUUGAAUAUGGACAGAAUGCUGAUGUUUGUACAAGAAAACAGAAAUCUGAAAGGGAUGAAGAUGAAAAUGAAAAUGAAAACAGUAUAUUUUUAACACCUAGUGAUGGAACUAUGAACACAAGGCGUGCUCGAGGUCUACGCAAGCGUAACAUUCCUAAUGGAUCACCUAGUCAGAAAUUAGAAAGUGGUAAAAAGGCUAAAAAAGUAUAUGUAACCAGACCUGUAUCUACAAAGAAAACAACUAAAAAGCCUUACAUUGUUGAGGAAGUGGAAGAAGUAAAAAAUGAAGAUGUGGAAGGAGAUUUAAAAUUUCCCUUUGGUGGAUUCUCAUUUUUUGGAGAUAAAAGACCUGUUGCUCCCAGCCCAGGGUUUUUCAUUAAUAGAUUACGAGUAAGAAAAGGUGGUGUUGCCAUUGCUGGACCUGGUGGUGUAGCAACAGCGGGCAGAGGAGGAACAGCCAUUGUUGGAGCCGGUGGGUUAGCUUACACACAACCUGGUGGUUUAGCUGUGGCUGGACCUUCAGCUAGGGUUGUAGCGCUAUCAUCUGAUGUAGAUCUUAAUUCAUUUGUUUCGAGACUUCAAAAAGACCAAAACGAAUCAAUUCCUAUUGCAAAACAACCUAUUAGAGAAGGAAAAUUAGUUGCAACUGGACCUGUAGUUUAUUAUCAUCCUAUCGAACAAACAAGAUCGAAUGGGCCAGAAGAAAGCAGUCUAAUUCCAAAGCCGGAAUACUACAAAUUCGAUGAAAAUGGUUUCUUAAAAACAGAAGACGAAGACAAAGAUUCCGAAUAUCAUCUUUAUUUGAGUCCCUCAGCUCUAGCUGUUAGUGGACUCAAAGGUACAGCUGUCGCUAACCCUAUAUCACAAGUUGUUGUACGUCGUGGACAAACAGUCAGUAUUGCUUACAAACCGAAGGCAACUGCAAUUGUUGGCGCAGGAGGUAUUGCCCAUGCUGAUUCAACUCAAUAUCUUCCAUUUUAUGGUGGAGCCAAAGGCCAAUAUCUAGAAAUUAAGAAGGAUAUAAAAGGAUCAAUAUUGAGUGAGAAAAUAGUACCAGAAGACAUGAUUAGCAAUGAGAAUAUCAUCAAAAACAGUGAAGGGAAUAUUCAGUCAAAAGUACUGGCCGCAAAUUUACAAAAUCUUAAAACUUAUUCUACGAAUCUCAUUAAAUUGCAUAACUUGGGAAGAAAACUAGGAUUUUUAGGUAACACUGAAAAAUCAAGAUUUAAAAGCCAACUGAUGUCACUUAGUGAGGCUGCAUCAAAUGCUAUUAAAAUCAUUGAUGAAAUAGGAGAUGAUGUUGAUUCACUUUUCAAGCAAACUAAUCCAGCUACUUCCCAAAUUAAAAACUACGACGAUGACGUUGGAGAAGAAGGUGUAAGCGUUGGUGCCGAUGAACCCCAACAAGACUAUAUUAUGGAUGGUGCUAAUAUUGCAGAAGCAAAACCAAUCGGUCUAGCAGUCGUUGGAGAAAAUGGAUUGGCAGCAUCUCGACCAAUAGCAAAUGCAGUAGCUUCCACCGGUGUAGCUAUAGCUCAACCUAUCGCAACAGCCAUUGCUGGUAUUGACCCUUCUUUACUAGGAAUUAAUUUUCCAGAAAACUACAAUCAACAAAGUGGUAGAACCAAUAAAGAAAGAUUGUAUAAGUCCAUUAAUAUUGCUUCUUAAUUAAACUGUGACGUCAAAAUCUAAUGAUUGCAAUAUUAUUUCCUAAAGGUCUAACCUGAAACAGCUUUUUAAAAUGUGAUGUUACUGUAGUAAAAAUUAAAAAUAUAUUUGGAAUUUAAUUCCUCUUAAACUAAUAUUAUUUGGAAAUAAACUUGUAAAAUAA